UUGUCAAAUCAAUCCGCAAGGUUUUCACGUGUUCUUGUUUUUAUUAUAUUUUAAGUACAUUAAUGUGUUGAAAUUCAGUAAAAAAUAUAUUAAAAUGAAGCACAAAAGGUUUGAAGAAAAUAUAUUAGUUGACGAAGCAUACACAAACUAUGGGAAAGUUGACAAAAAUGCCGAUGAGAAAAAGGGCCAAGGUAUUGCGAAGCAUUUUGCCGAAACAUUGGAGUUUGAAGAGAGAAAGAAGUGGUAUCAUCAGAUGCCUGAAGAGCCCUCCAGUAUUACUAAGACAUUAACACAAGAACAGAUUGAAGAAUUAAAGAAAGAAGCUAACAGUGCUCUGCAUGGUGACACAUUAGCUUAUGAGACAAAACAAAACCGCAGUGGAUCAUCAGACCACCAGUGGGCUAAAACUCUGUUGAACAAGGGUGCUAUAGGGGACAGAGUGGCUGCAGCAACAAUUUUAAUACAGGAUAAUCCGCUGUACAAUCUUACAGCGCUCAGAAAUCUAAUCAACAGUGUUAAACCGGCUAAAAAGAAAGAUGGCAUUGUUAUCAUAGACGCGCUGUCAGAGCUGUUGAUAUCCGACUUACUGAUACCGGACACGAAGCUGCGUACAUUUGAACAGCAUGCGGUCGGCCACGUGGACGAGAUGACGUCAGGCAACAAACAGGCACGCAGGAACAUACUCAAGCUGUGGCACUUCGAAGACCAGUUGAAAGAGCUCUACGGAUCGUACGUGGAGGCGCUGAACAAGUUCGCCCACGACUCGGUGGAUGCCAACAAGGAGAAGGCGGUCAGCGCCAUGUCAUACCUGCUGAUGCACCACCCCGAGCGCGAGAAGAUGCUGCUUACGAACAUAAUCAACAAGCUGGGCGACCCCACACAGGCGGUGGGCUCGAAGGUCAUCUACCAUCUCUGCCAGCUGCUCUACAACCACCCCAACAUGAAGGCCGUCGUGCUCUCCGAGAUCGAAAAGAUGUUGUUCCGGAGCAACAUAUCAUCCCGGGCACAAUACUAUGGCAUAUGCUUCCUCAAUCAGUUCUUCCUCGGCAAAGAUGACUCCAGGAUUGCUGAAAACCUUAUCAGGAUAUACUUCUCCUUCUUCAAAGCUUCUAUUAAAAAGGGCGACAUAGACACGCGUCUAAUGGCGGCCAUCUUGACGGGCGUGAAGCGCGCGUACCCGUUCGCGGACGCGGCGCGGCUGGCGGACACGCCGGCGCACGUGGACGCCAUACACAAGCUGGUGCACCUGGCGCCUAUGAACACCGCCAUACACGCGCUUGCGCUGCUCUUCCAGAUCAGUGCUGCCUCUAAAACUACGUCGGAUCGAUACUACACAGCCCUCUACCGGAAACUGACAAGCGCGGACAUAUUCAACACGACACAUAGCGCUCUCCUCUUCUCGCUCAUAUACAAGUCUUUGAAGCAAGACAAGGACAGCAGACGUGUGACGUCAUUCGUGAAGAGGUUGCUGCAGUUGUGUUGCUACAUGAGCCCUGCGCAGGCGUGCGGCGUGUUGUUAUUGGUGUCCCACGUGUUGCGGGAGGGGGGGAAGAAAGACGCUGUCAGGCUGGUGUGGACUAAGAUGGACGUUAAGGAGGAAGUGAAAGAAGAACCGAAAGUAGAAGAAACGGAUGAUGAAGAAACACAGGCAACUGAAGUCAACGGCUCACUGGACUCGACAGCAGAAACUAAGUCGACAGAUGAUGAAGUCAAAACAGAACAGAAGAAGGUUGAUCUUCUGCGAGGAGACAAGAAGGACUUACUCAUGGAAGACGAUGACGAAGAAGCGUACGUGGACUUGAAGAUAGACGAAGAGGGUAACGUGAAGCCCAAGAAACGCCGCGGCGCGGCCGCUGUCCCGGGCUGGCAUCACGCCAGGGUCACCACUGCGGACAAGACAGAGGAGAAAGAGCAGGACACUAAGAUACAGCUCAAGAAGACUAUCAACAUGGAUAAGGAGAUCACCCAGUACAACCCGCUAGCCCGCAACCCGUCUUUCGCUGGCGCGCACUGCUCAGCCUACUUGGAGCUGCUGCCGCUAUCACAGCACUUCCACCCCACUGUCAAACUAUUCGCCGAGAGGCUGCUCAGUGACCAGUUGAUACAAUAUUCCGGGGACCCGCUGAAGGAUUUCUCCGGGAUCCGAUUCCUGGACCGCUUCGUGUUCAAGAACCCUAAGAAGCGUACGGAGAGAGAGGAGGACGGGGAGGUCAAGAGGGUUAAGGGGUCGCACCCCAAGUUUGCCGUCCGGAAGAACUAUAUGGCUAAAGGUCUAAAAAGUCUGCCAGUAAACUCAGCGUCGUACCUCAACGAAGACGCUCAGAAAAUACCAGUCGAUGAGAAAUUCCUUUAUGAUUUCCUUCAAAAACGUCGCGAGGUGAACGGCUCGGAUGAUGACGACAGUGACAACGACUCGGUGACCAGCGAGGACUUUGAGAAGUACCUGGACAGCGUCACAGGCUCCAGAGAAGCAGCGGAGUCAGAUGAAGAGUUAGACUACCUGGCAGAAAUGGAGGCUACCAAGCAGAAGCGACCAAAGAAGACCGCUGAUGAUGAAGAUGAUGAAAAUGACGAUGAUGACGCCGCCGACCUCAGUGACGAGGAAGAUGCCGACGGAGCAGGCAGUGAUGGCGAGCUGAACAUAUCUGGUGAUGAAGACGAACCUCAACUCUCUGGGGAUGAAGAUGAACUUCUGCUAGAAGAUAGUGACGACGAGGAAGAUCAAAUUGAUAUCCCAGGAAAGAAAAAUGCUAAAGGAAAGAUGAAACUUAAAUUGAAAGGAACCGACGAUCUAGGCUCUCUCUUCGCAUCAGCAGAAGAAUUCUCUACUCUUCUAGAAGAAACUGCGACAAACAAGAAACAAGGCUCCAGUCAAGCAGUAGCCAACACAGACAAAGCCAGCACGAAACAACUAGCGUGGGAAGAAAACCGAGACCGAUGGAUAAAAGGCUUCAACAAGAAAAUACUCGGCAACAAAAGUAAUAAAAAAGGAAAAAAUAAAAAGUUUUCCAAACCUGGCAACACAAGCUUCAACAAAAUGGCCGACAAGAAAAAAGGCGGGAAACGAAAAAGUACAAACGCGGGUGGCCCUGGUGGGAAGAAAAAGAAAGUUAAAUAGAUUUUGUUGUUAGAAUGUAAGUAUUUUACCCGAAAAUAAUAAAGUUGAUCGUAUUUACAGA